AGUGGUGGUGGUGUGUGUGUUCUGAUAACACUCGAGCUUGUGUUUAGGCAAGUGUUUGUUCGUGAAACAAGUAGCCGGGAGUGAUUUUCCAGGCUGGGUUUGCUGCUACCUGCUCUGAUCGUGUUGGUAGUCAGGAGCAGCAUUGAAUUGGGUUGUUGAGCAAUCUUUGCAUGAGGAAGGAUACCGAGAGGUAACAGCUUGGGGGGGAAGAUAUGUCAGCUAUGGCGCUGUGGUUCGCGAGGCCUCCACUGCUGUCCUCCACGAUCAGAGAUUCGGAGCUGUUUCCCCGGAAUGGCACGAGAUGGGCAAUAUUGUGCGCCCCCGUGUCCGUGUCGUCGCGAAGCAUGGAGACGCGAGCACGGGCGAGUGGCGAGAAGGGAACGAAGCUGGUGACUCUUGUGGGUAAGGGUGGUGUGGGGAAGACCACCGCUGCUGUUCUUGCAGCUCAGGUUAGCAUCCAUCGUCAAGGGCUUGUGGGCAGGUCCGUCUUUCAAAGCAGGUAAUUCCGCAGGAGCCAUAACCUCCAAUGUGGUUGCUGAGUGUGCAGUACUACGCUAGCACUGGCUUGCGCACCUGCCUUCUCAUCCAAUCCCAGGAUCCCACCGCCGAUGUUUUACUUGGACAAAAGCUGAGCAGCGCCCUCUCUUCGUUCAGAAAUGGUAACCUUACUGCUUUUCGACUUGAAACCACGAAGAUGAUCAUUGAGCCUUUGGCACAAAUUAAGGCCGCCGACAAACGUCAGAACUUCAGUCAAGGAGCCCUAGAUGAGAUAAAGGGAGAAGAGCUAAGUGUGCUCCCAGGCAUGGACCCUAUUCUGGCAAUGGGAGCCAUCGAGCGGCUCACCGGGUUUACUGGUGGACUAUUCAAGGGGAUGAGCAUGAACGAUGACAAAGAGUAUGAUGUGGUUGUGUUCGACUGCUAUAGUAGCGACGAGAUUUUUCGAAUGUUUGGAUCGGCAGAGAGAGCCAGAUGGUAUGUGAGCCGAUUUCGAAGCAUUGCUGAGAAGACAGAUGCAGGGCGAGUGGCUCUGCCAUCAGUUUUAAAGCUGAUGGAGAACGCUUUCCUCGAUGAAAGCAGAGAUUCACCGAGGUCAACGAGCGAGAUUUGGGACGCAACGAACCGCAUCCUCAUGAGAGUCGUCGAGACAUUCCAGGACCCAAAGAGAUUCUCAUGCUUUUUAGUCACAAACCCAAAGAACGUAAUAGCCGUUGAUACAGCAUUGCGCUAUUGGGGUUGUGCCACUCAAGCUGGAGUACAUGUGGCGGGAGCUCUUUAUUCACUCUCUUCUCCUGAGGCAACUCCUCCAGACGCUGGAUUUGUAGAGAAAUUUGUUCCCUUGAGAGUGGCGGGUUUACCCAGCAUUUCCUUUGACUCUCCCCCGAAUUGGGACGAGGCUCUCGGAAGGUUGAGUAAGGAAGCUAAAAGCGUUAUGAGCGGAACAAGUCAAGCUGGAACCAUCCCGGCACCUGUUACCUUUGAUCAAGCAGCAAGAACGGUUACACUUUUCCUCCCUGGUUUUCAAAAAUCAGACAUAAAAUUAUCACAGUUGAGGGGAGGAUCCGAGCUGCUAGUUGAGGCUGGAGAUCAACGCCGGAGUGUGGUACUACCUGCUGCUAUGCGUGGGAAGGUUUCUGGAGCUAAGUUCCAGGAAAAGAGUUUGGUCGUUACAAUUAAAACUGUGUGAGAUCUUUUAUUUAGUCACAUUCGAAACUGUUCCAAGGGUAACGCACCCUUCCUGAGAGUAGUCUGCCUAAUUAAACGUCCCUUGUAACCUUUCCUGUAUUUUUCGGCCAGGCGGUUCAAGAUAAACGCAGGGUCAUGAUGAAUUGAGCCACAGAAUUCUUAAAACUUUAAUUCGAUUUUGCUAGCAUUGACGCGGAA